UUUUUUUUUUUUAUUAUUAUUCUUUAGAGGAUGGGGUCAGUAUUCAAGAAGUACUUGCGGAAAUGACCAACCAGAAAACCGUGCCCAAUAUUUUCGUGAAUAAGGUACACGUGGGCGGAUGCGAUCGGACAUUCCAGGCUCAUCAGAGUGGCUUGCUACAGAAACUCCUAAAGGAAGACUCGGCGUAUGACUACGACCUCAUCGUCAUCGGAGGUGGCUCUGGUGGCUUGGCGUGUGCGAAGGAAGCUGCCAUUUUGGGAAAGAAAGUCAUGGUGCUGGACUUCGUGGUGCCCUCGCCCCAGGGCACAUCUUGGGGUGAGCCGUUUUUCUUUGUUGCUCUCUGCUCUUUACUUAUGUUGUUUGCCGUAGAUCACCUCGUUUAA